CAACUACAUCAUCGUUAGUGAAGUCCUGUCGAUAAUCACUUGAGGAGGCUAAUGUUUAUAACAACGUCACGAUAAAAUGGCGGAAAGAGCAUACCUACCGGAAAUAACGGAUUGGCUAGCGAAACGGGUUGCUAAGAACUCACCGGUUCAACUCCAUCACCCAUCGAGUUUCUUCGCGAUAGAUGGGAUGAGUGCAAUAAUUGUCUUUGCAGAGAAAACUUUGCUCUACCCUGACUGAAGAGAUCAACUCAGUUCCUGGGAAAGUCUAAAAGUAACAUGAGGCUCCUCACCUACUUCCGGGCCGGACACUGCCGGUUACGGCGAAAAUACCCCUUUGUAGAGGGUGUGAAAUGCAGCAUCACCCAAACAAAAUGGAAAAAUCGAACUUAAACGAGAACUGGGAUUAUUCUCAGCGGUUAAUAUGAUAUUAGCCGUUAUGAUAGGAUCUGGAAUAUUUAUAUCACCAGCUUCAGCUUUAUAUCAUUCAGGAUCAGUUGGAAUGUGUAUUAUUGUUUGGGCAGUAUGCGGAUUAAUAUCACUUUUAGGUGCAUUGGCUUUUGCUGAAUUAGGAACAGUAGUACCACGUUCAGGUGCUGAAUAUGCUUAUUUCAUGGACGCAUUCGGCCCUUUACAUAAAUUCUGGGGAAAUUUACCAGCAUUCACGGCAUCUUGGAUUUACGUUGUAAUUUUAAGACCAGCGGAAGUUGCCGUAAUCGUGAUGACAUUUGCCGAAUAUUUUUGCCAACCCAUUUUAGAUGCUUUAUGUAUUAAAGACGAAGAGUAUUCCGGGCAUCUUAAAAAAGUAGUCGCUUUACUUGCAAUGGCUUCAAUAACUUAUAUUAAUAUGAGCAGUGUUAAAUUAUACGUUAAAUUACAAAACAUUUUCGGUGCGUGUAAAGUUAUCGCGUGCUUAAUCGUUAUUGGAGGGGGAAUUUAUGAAUUAUCCAUCGGAAAUGUUGGAAAUUUACAAAAAGGGUUUGAAGGAACAAAUUAUCAUCCCGCGAAUUUAGCUUUGGCUUUUUAUAGCGGGUUGUGGGCGUAUGAUGGAUGGUCAACUAUAACGACUGUUACUGAAGAAGUUAAACGUCCCGAAGUAAAUAUUCCUCGAAGUAUAGCUAUUAGCGUACCGUUGGUUACUUUAUUAUACGUUUUUAUGAAUAUCGCUUACAUGACCGUUUUACCAAUUCCGGAAAUGAUACAAGCCCAAGCUGUCGCUGUAGCUUUUGGAGAAAGAGUUCUUGGAGCAGCCGGAUUUUUAAUCCCCGUUGGGGUUGCUUUAAGUACAUUUGGAUGUGCUUUAAGUGUCCAAUUUGGAGUGACACGAUUAUGUUACGUUGCUAGUCAAGAUGGUAAUAUGUUGAAAAGCAUGUCUUUUGUACAUGUUAAAAGAUUAACCCCAGCUCCUGCAGUUGUAACUCAAGGAAUUAUAACGUUUAUUUUUAUAGUAAUCGGUAAUAUAAUGCAAUUAAUUGAAAUGGCUAGUUAUUUAAUGUGGAUAUUUUAUGGAACUGCAAUGGUUGCUUUAUUGAUGUUGAGAAAAACGAUGGCUGAUGUUCCUAGACCUUAUAGGGUUCCAACAAUAAUUCCAAUAUUUAUAAUAAUUGUGGCUGUGUUUUUAAGCGUAGUUCCUCUUGUAACAGAUCCGUCGUUUAAAUAUGUAGUUUCAAUUCUGUUCAUUUUAAUAGGGAUGGUAAUUUAUUGGUGGUUUAUUUAUUUAAAUAAACGUCCUAAAUUUAUGGAUGGUCUCACACGUUACAUCCAAAUUUUAUUCCAAGCAGUGCCACCAUCAGUUCAUGUAGAAUAAAAAAAUUAUUUUUUUUUAAUCUUUUUUAUGAAAAUUAAUAAAAUUUAUUCACAAAUUUACAAUAAUAUAU